CUUGUUUUCUUCUCUCCUUUCUCUCUUUCUCUGUCUUCUUUGUUAUUUUAAGAUUCUUGCUUGUUUAAGUAGAGGACUCUUAAACACAAACUAAAGAGUUUCUUUCUUUUUGUCUUCUUACAUAUAUAUGAAUAAUCAAGACAUGAUGAUUCCACAUAAUGAUGACCGUCUCUCGUUCUCUAGCUUUGUCCAUCCACAAGAGCACAUCACCCCAAAUUCUAACCCUAAUUCUAAGCAUGCCUCCACUAACACACCCAAGAAAAAGAGAAACCUCCCAGGCAAUCCAGAUCCAGAUGCAGAAGUCAUCGCUCUAUCUCCAAAAUCCCUCAUGGCAACCAAUAGGUUCUUCUGCGAAAUCUGCAGCAAGGGGUUUCAGAGGGAACAGAACCUCCAGCUUCACAAACGAGGCCACAACCUGCCAUGGAAGCUGAAGCAGAGAACAAACAAGAAUCAGGUGAAGAAGAAAGUUUAUAUAUGCCCCGAGAAGAGCUGCGUCCAUCAUGAUCCAACUCGUGCCCUAGGAGACCUCACUGGAAUCAAGAAGCACUUUAGCAGGAAGCAUGGAGAGAAGAAGUGGAAAUGCGACAAGUGUUCCAAGAAGUAUGCUGUGGUAUCCGAUUGGAAAGCUCAUACCAAGAUUUGUGGUAGCAGGGAGUUUAGAUGUGAUUGUGGUACCCUCUUCUCCAGGAAGGAUAGCUUCAUCUCACAUAGAUCCUUUUGUGACGUCUUAGCUGAAGAAAGUGCUAAAUUUUUCUCAGUUCCAUCACCUUUAGCCGCCAAUUCGACCAUCUCCACAGUUGCUGAUACCAAUAAUCCAGUUCUUAUUCAAUCACUCACAUGUACGGCCGAUCUUAACGUCAACAACAAUCACUCCACCUUGUUGGGAAAAAAGUUCAUCAACUCCGAGCCAAUCCCGCAACGAGCCAAUGCUUUUGCGUUUUCGCCACCACCAACACCUCGUGGUACAUCUGAUAAUUCGGUUCAUAAUCUAUGGAAGUUACAAGAAGAGGAAUGUUCACACCAGUCGUUACUCAAUGGGUAUAUGAACAACAACAAAAACAUUAGCCAUAAAGGAAUAUCCCAAAAUCAAGAAAAUGCGAUCAUCAAGAAGGGAAAUAUCUAUAGCGGCUCAAACUCAAGCGAUGCGAACAUAGCAUCCUUGUUCUCUUAUAAUCAAGAAGCAGGGAACCUGGCUUCAUUGUCGGCAACAACAUUGCUUCAAAAGGUGGCUGAAAUGGGAUCAUCAUCCCGUUCCGACACUGGCACCCUCUUGGGACUAAUGACUUCCUCCAUCUUCAACAAUAGGAUGCCAAACUCCGAUUGUUUAAAGGCGAAGAAUAAGAAAGAAGAGUGGACCAGAGACUUUCUUGGUGUUGGGAAGCCGUGACGACCAACAAGAUCUACUUUAUCACCAUCACUUCCUAUCAAGCGUGCCACUGAAGGUGAGCCAUAUGAUAUAAUUCCCAAGUUGGCCUUAAUUAACCAUUGUAGGCGGGGAAGCAACCGUAGGCAUGGCUUCAGUUUCUAUGUUCGUGUCUUUAUAGUUGUAUUUAAGGAUAUGUGAAUUUUCAGGCUUUCAUUAGGAAAAAUACACAAAAAAAACAAAAAAUCUGAAGCGACAA